AUGGCUCCAGCAAGGAUCGUGGAAGAUGUCCCGUGGACAUCUCCUGCGUAUCAACCCGAGCCUUACGAUGGUCCUCCGCGCAACGUCGCGUAUAUUGAUGCCAUCAAAUUCAACGAGAGCGUUAAGCCUCCCAAGUACGAGAUCCUGGGCACGGAUCCCAACUCCAAAGUCCUUUUCCUUGAUGUAAACAUCCUGGAAUGCACGGGAAAGCCAAUUUACCGAGGCGACGUCUUUAUACAAGGUGAACGGAUCAAGGCAGUCGGUAAUGUCGCCAACAAGGACCAGUUGCUGAAAGACCCGGAUGUUCGAGUGUUCCAAGGAAAGGGAAGGACCCUGAUGCCGGGCUUGGGCGACUCGCACACCCACUUCUCCUGGAACGGCGGCGACCUCGCUUCUCUGGGCACCUUGAACGUUGAAGAGCACACGCUUUUGACGGCACGGAGCGCGAAGUGCUACCUAGAUUCCGGCUACACCAUGUGUUACGGAGCUGCAUCUGCAAAGGAGCGGCAGGACAUCGCAAUUAGGGACGCUAUCUAUGCCGGUGACAUUCCAGGACCGCGGUCUCUCGCCAACGGCAAGGAAAUGGCCAAGCAUGACGGUGACCUGGAAUCAGCAAUCACAGCAUUUGCAGAUACCCCCGAGGAGAUGAGAGAAGUCAUUCGACAUCAUGUUGGCCUGGGGGUUGACAACAUCAAAUUGGUCAUGUCCGGAGAAGAGAUCUGCGAGGUACGAUCAGCCCAAGACUGCUAUUUCACGGACGAGGAGACGGCGGCCUGUGUGGACGAAGCACACAAGGCAGGAAAAUCCAUCUGUGCUCACGCAAGAGCGAGAGAUUCCGUAAAGAUGUGCAUUAAGCAUGGAGUGGACGUCAUUUAUCAUGGGUCGUACAUCGACGAAGAAGGCAUGGACAUGCUGGAAGCUGCGAGGACGAAGCAUGUUGUGGCUCCAGCAAUCAACUGGCUCGUUGCAACCUUGAACGACGCGGCGGCUUUCGGUUAUUCACACGAGAAGGCCGAGCAAGAGCUUGAGAUCGCCCUGCGAGGCCUUCGUGAAAUGCAUCGGAGAGGUAUUGUGGUUCUCCCGGGCGGUGACUAUGGAUUCGCGUGGACUCCUCAUGGAACCUAUGCUCGUGAUUUGGCCCAUUUCAAGAACUUGAUGGGCUUCACCGCCCACGAGUCCAUCAUCGCCGCUACCUACGGCGUGGCCAAACUCAUGAUGCGAGCCGACGAGAUGGGCCAGAUCAAGGAAGGCAAUUACGCAGACUGCAUCCUGGUUGACGGCAACCCGAUUGACAACAUCGACAUCCUCCAGGAUCACGGCAAGUUGAAUGUCAUCAUGAUUAAUGGACGUAUCCACAAGGCUGGGCGCAAAGAGUAUGUGCCGCCGCCUGUGGCGGGAGAGGAUCAGAACAAGCAUCCCAUUGUGCCGGAUGUCGCGGUUCGAGAUGGAAGACCAACCAUACAGAGUUAA